AUGGCCGACGAUGACGAUCCUGUCAUUGCCUCCUACGAUGUUUGUUUGACAAGCAGCUUCUCGGCAGCCGCCAGCGAUUCCUCCAAGUUGUACCUCCUCCAGUAUCCCUCCCACCGCUCGUACAAAUAUCCUUACAAUGCCUCAGUGGGACAAACUCCAACUGCCCUUCGUCUUAAACCAGAUGCUGGAUUCAUAGAAGUUGAUGUCCCCAUGAAUAAAGACGAAUACUACAAUGAAACUGCUGCGGAGAGAUUUGGGAAAGCCAUGGCCGAGAGCCGCACGAUCAGCGUGGGAGGUUCGUUUGGUUUGGCUGGUGGGUUUGGGGCGGGCACAACACAAGCCAGACUGAAGGAUAUUCCUGUACAUGAUCAACCUACCAUUCCUGCGCCGUUGCUUGAGACCCAGACGCUGGGUGGCAAGAUACCGAACCAGAGCACCCGUGAUCCGAUUUACCUUGUUGGGUCCCUCCACCAAGACCAAAUCCACCUAACCUACUUGGAUGCUGUUGUGCAAAUGCGCCCUCAGCUUCAUCACAUUGAUGCUGAAGAUGAGACCAACCAGAAGCGAUUUGCAGGUGGCAAUAAUGCUGGUUCAUCCCGCCAAAAGCCUGGCUUAGAACCACCGGCGCCCAAGGUAGAGUCGAAAGCCAUCGAAAUCAAGAUCAGAGACACCAAGGAUGAUACCAAGGAUCGUACAACGAAUGACAACGCGAAGCAACUGCGAGAUAUCCAAAUGGAUCAGUGGCAGAAAUAUGAAUGGGUGGACGAAGACGAGCCUAGUGCUAAGGUCUUAUUCGACUCGCGGAUGCGCCUUGUAUCGGAUCCACUGCACACUCCUAAGUUACAAAGCUGUAUCAGCAACGGCGACUGGUUGGACAAGAUGAGUGCGCCCAGAGAAGAUGGCAAGAAGGGAUUGUUGGCCAAGUUGCGCGGGCGAGAACGAGAGCGAGCGCGGAGGAAGAAGGCUGAGGAAGAGAAGCGACAACGUCAGAAGGAGGCCAGCGGCGCAGAGUCAGCCAGCCAUGGGGCGCUCAUAGGCAUGAGCGACGACAGCGACUUGAGCAGCGCAGAUGUUACAGACGACGACAUUCCAGAAGAAGAUUUGGCUGGAGGAAAGGACGUGGUGGAUGAGGUUCGGAUCAAACAAGAGCCCGCUGCACCUUUCCCACAGUCCAGGAGGAACCUAAUUUCAUCGGCUACGAAACCUGGUUCAAGCAAUCCUCCAAAGAAAAGAGGGCGACCGAGGAAGAACCCGCCUACUGACUCGAUACCCCUUGGAGACUAA